AUGAUUCGUCGCGAAAAUCGACUUCGUCGUGAAUAUAUUUUUCGGAAAAGUUUAGAGGAAAAACAGAAAACUCUUGAAGAAAAACGAGAGAAGAUUCGCGAUGCGCUUGAUAAUAACACGUGAGUUUUGAGUUUCCCCUUUUUACAAAAUAAAUUCAUACAAAAUCGUUUAUAAUUUCAGUAAAAUCGAUUAUAAUUUGCGUAAAGAAGCAAUUGAUUUGGCAAAAGGAGCUGAUUGGGGAGGUCAAGUAAAUGGAAUCGAUGACGAAUACAGAUGGGCAGGAGCUCAAGAUCCAAAAAUUGUUAUUACAACUAGCAGAGAUCCAUCGAGUCGUUUGAAAAUGUUUUCCAAAGAAAUGAGACUUGUUUUCCCAAAUAGUCAGAGAAUCAACAGAGGUCACUACGAUGUUAAACAAUUAGUUCAAGCAUGUCGUGCUCAAGAUGUAUGUUUUUAUUUAAUUUAUGAAACAUUAUGAAAAUUGUUCAUUUCAGACAACUGAUUUGAUAGUUUUGACUGAAACGAGAGGACAACCUGAUGGUUUGAUUGUAUGUCAUUUACCUUUUGGUCCAACUGCAUUUUUCUCAAUGGCCAAUGUUGUUAUGAGACAUGAUAUUCCAAAUUGUGGAACUAUGAGCGAACAAUAUCCACAUCUCAUUUUCAAUAAAUUGGAUAGCAAAUUGGGUCUCCGUUUCACUUCAAUUCUCAAACAUCUUUUCCCAGUUCCAAAAUCAGAUUCCAAACGAGUUAUGACUUUUGCAAAUACCGACGAUUAUUUGUCAUAUCGGCAUCAUGUUUAUAAAACAGAUGAAGCUGGAGAAAUUGAAUUGACUGAAGUUGGACCAAGAUUCGAACUGAAGCGUAAGAUUUGAGAUUUACGCUUCUUAUAAUAAUAAAAGGUUUUCAGCAUAUCAAAUUAAACUUGGAACUCUUGAAAAUUUGGCAGCUGCUGAAGACGAAUGGGUACUUCGAACAUACACAAAUACAGCUAGAAAACGACAAUUUUUGAGUAUUUCAAGAGAUGACGAAGAGUAG